AUGCCGCGUGUGGGCCAUGGGCCGGCAACCGAGGAGCGGCGGCUGAACUGCGGGCUCCAGACCCUGCCAUCGGGCAUCAGCGCCUUCCCAGUGGCGCGGCAUAGCGUGUUCCAUCGCAGCAUCAACCAGAAGAUGCCCGAGCUGUGGUCGGACUUCUCCGAGAGAGGUUUGCCGCACGGACGCGCUGGGACGCACGAACGGAUCGACAACUACCACGGAGAUCCGGAGUUGUCAAACCGUGAAGCACCAAUAUCAGCGCGGCCGGGGCAAGUAGUGUUCGUCGGGCUCGCCGAGUUUGACAUGGACGGUCGGGCGUACACCGGCGGGGAGAUGGACCGGAUGAUGAUGAUCGCGGCAUCUCAGAAGUACCCGUGCUCGCGGCCGGCGACUUUUGAUGAGUAUGCGGAGAAGUGCAUCUUGGGACUUCCCCAGCGAAACGCAAGUGGCCGGGAUGUGGUCUUCGUGGGACCCGGCGCCACUGGCUGCGAGCUCUUCCAUACCAACACCCUUGGAGUGCAGAAGGCGGUCGUUCCACCCGGUGACAUGUUCGACGGCACCUGGGGUGCCGCGUCGCUCUAUGGGCGGAAAUGCAUUCUUUGCGUCUACCCCCUGCAGCGAUUGAAGAAGCAGCAGCUCAGGCAGAGCCUGGUACAGUUCGGCCUCGCGCGAAGCACUGUGGGAAAGUCGGGGCGCCUCCGUCGUGCUGGGAGCCUGGCGUCGCUGUCGGAUACCAUUCAGUGGACCACCAGCAACUUCGGUGCUUCCUCGAACCAGGCGCAGACAACACAGCGAAUGGAUCAGUUCUUCCGGCAACUUGGUGCCCCAGUGGUACCCUUUUCCUUUUUUUGCGGGCCAGGUUCCCGUAUAGCGGAACCAACCCCCCAAAAAGGGUACCCUUGUCAUAGCAUGGUUACCGGGCUACCAAGGUAG